AUGAAUCCUAAUAGAUAUAUUCCUGGCCAAUCCAGUGCACUACGGAAGUCAAGGCUUGAAGGAAAAGUGUCCUUACUGCCUAAACCACGGCGUCCUGGAUCUACGGACCGACUAUCAACGGAAGCUCGGCGUCCUAGUACUGCAGGUCAUCGAUCCAGCAGUGCGGAGCCUGCUAGAGGAACGUUUGGAGCCGGCAGACUUAGCAGAGAGGCUUCUGCUACUAAGUUACCUUUGAAUGGAAGAUCCCGAUCUCAGCAAGCUGAUAGGUUUGGCCAAUCUUCCAUGACACCACUGAGGUCCAGCCAGUAUGCAGCCAGACCGACUACUACACCUGUUCGAACACCAUCAGAAGAUCGAGCAAGCAGGAACUGGCAAACGUCUCUAGACAGAGCUUUGGCUUUUGUUACCAUCAAGGAUCAGAGACCUAUCUCAGCAGUAGCAUGGCAGCGCGCGGAGUGCAGCCGCGUGGGCGACGCGCUGUCGGCGCGCGGCGGCGGCGGCGCGGCGCCCGCCAUGGCGCUCAUACGGCCGCUUACCAUCGCACGCUUUGUGGACAUCGCCUCAGCAUUGCUCUCUGCUAUAACUAGGGAUACUAAGCUCAAUACUGAUAAUUAUGUUACUAAGCUCCCACAUCUAUCGAAGCGCCUCUUGUACCCGGGCACAGUCUCCAAGUCCUGGCUGAAGACAGUGAACACUCUCCACGCGUUCCCACAUGCUUUAGCGCUCAUUGCGUAUUUAUUAGACCUUGUCAACCAUAUUGAAAUGCCAAUAUCUGAUGACACACUAUAUGUUGGAAAAGAUGAGUUUGCGUGUCUUCGCAGAGACUACCUGUACAAAUGCUGGAUCAGGUUCCAAGAACCAGGUCAUCAGUUUGCAGACUUAGAUGAAGAGUACUUGCAGAAUCUGAAGAUCCUUCUUGGCAAUGAUGAGGAAAAGAUUGCAGAGCUAAAACAGAUCAUCAAAAAAUACGAGACUUGCCUAGAAGAUGAAGUCGAAGCAGCAGCUCGUGCAGACGAAGCAAGACGUGCGGAGCGCCGUGAAGCGUUACUGGGAGGCCUGCGAGCGUUGAAGGCGGCGCGCCGAGCCAACCGCGCCGACUACGAAGCACAGAGCACUCUCAAAACUGAUUACGUGGACGCCAUCAAACAACUUGAUACUGAGAUUGAGAGAGCUACUGCAGAGAGUCAGCAGUUGAAGCAGGAGUUGGAGUCCCAGCCAUUGAGUGUGGAGCAGCGCACCAAGUUGUUGGAUGAAGUAGACUACGCUCUCAGGGUGCAAGACUCCAAGCGAUCACUUGCUGAACAAAUUGGAAAGAUGGUCCUCACCAAAGAAACGGAGUUAGCUCUGUGGCAGAAGAAGACCCUGGACAGCUGUGUGGAGUAUAAACAGGGACUCAUUCAUCUAUCUGCACAGUUCCCUGACCUCGUUUCACUGGCUAUUGAUGAAAAAGAGCUGAUGAGUGCGGAGUGCGCGGUGCGAGUGAGCUGUGGGCUGGAAGCACUGAAGGUGCUGGCCGCCAGCCUCGCGCAGCGGAGGCACCAUCACGCUAGGGAGAAAACUGCACUGGCUAGGAAACGAGCUGCGUUACUGGAUGAAACUCGUGCAAAAAUCCGUGAGAUGAAGACAACAGUCCAACGAGAACAGGACAUGUUGGACAGUGAGACCAGUAAGGAGGCGGACGAUGUAGCCGCUACUGCUGCAGAGCUCAGGGAACUCAAUGCAAGGAUGGAGGAACUCAAGCUGCAGCAGGAGGAGUACAAUAGGACUGAGAAUGAACUACAGUUCUGGGAGCAACAGAAUGAAGCUUGGCGCACCAGAUUAACAGCUUUACAAGAAUACAUAGAAGCGCAGCGUGCUGAAGCAAAGCGAGUGUUAGACACCGCGCGGGAGAAGAGAGUCAACCUUGUUGUCAACAGCAUACAACAGUGGAAUGAGAAGCUGGCACAGUGA